AUGGCACAAGAAGUUCCAAAUUUCAAAUUAGUUUUAGUUGGUGAUGGUGGUACUGGUAAAACCACUUUUGUUAAAAGACAUUUAACCGGUGAAUUCGAAAAAAAAUAUAUUGCUACUUUGGGUGUUGAAGUCCAUCCAUUAGGUUUCCACACCAAUUUUGGGGAAUUAAAAUUUGAUGUCUGGGAUACUGCUGGUCAAGAAAAAUUCGGUGGAUUGAGAGAUGGUUAUUAUAUCAACGGUCAAUGUGGUAUUAUCAUGUUUGAUGUUACUUCUAGAAUUACUUAUAAAAAUGUUCCAAAUUGGCAUAGAGAUUUAGUUAGAGUUUGUGAAAACAUUCCAAUUGUUUUAUGUGGUAACAAGGUUGAUGUUAAAGAACGUAAGGUUAAAGCUAAAACCAUCACUUUCCAUAGAAAGAAGAAUUUACAAUAUUACGAUAUUAGUGCUAAAUCAAAUUAUAAUUUCGAAAAACCUUUCCUUUGGUUAGCUAGAAAAUUGGUUGGUAAUGCUCAAUUAGAAUUCGUUGCUUCUCCUGCCUUGGCUCCUCCUGAAGUUAACGUUGAUGCUGAAUUAAUGCAAAAAUAUCAACAAGAAAUGGAACAAGCCACCGCUUUACCUUUACCUGAUGAAGAUGACGCUGAUUUAUAAGCUCGUCCUAUAUAGCUAGUAUAUAAUAAAUAUAUAUAUUUUAUAUUAUCGUUUCCUGUAUCUCGUAUUUAUUAACCCCCUUGUUGUAUUCUUCGUUAUAUCGAUACGCUGAUGCCGGGGGGUUGGGCAUCUCGCUUAAAUUCGGUGGUGGUGGUAGAUAGUAUUCAUCUUCACUAUCCUCUUCUUCCUCUUUCUGUGAUGGACCCGGCACUUUUUCAUUCAACUUCUCUAACG